UGCUGCCCUCAGUCCCCAGCUAGGCUAGGGCUCCAGCUCCAUUCCAGCUUUGACUCUCCCUGCCUUAGGCACCCCCAUGCCUUCCCUGCCUGCCCCCCAACUCCCUCAGCCUCCCCCAGCCCCUCACUAGGCCUCCUAAAAAUCCUGGGGUGCUGAAGUGUGGGCAGGGGUGUCUGUGUGUGUGUGUGUAUGUGUGUGUGUAUGUGUUAGUCUAUGUGUGUGUAGAAUUUGCAGGCGGAUUGGGGGGCCCCUGGAAUCUCGUGGGGUUGAGCAUUGUAAGGAAGAGGUUUAGAGAAGAGUAGGGUAGGCAACUUGGGGGGAAAUUGGAGCUGGGGCAAGCGAUCAAAGGGGAAACCGAGAAGCUUGAGUAGUAUAGGUCAGAGACUGGAAGGAGGGGGUGUUGUGAGACCCCUGUGGGGUGACCCAGGCUGUGUGUGGCUUUGGGGGAAGUUGGUGCCUCCACCCCCCCAGGCCUUGGCAGGGGGGGUAAUGGGGGCCCUCCAUCCUGGGCUGGGGGGCAUGAGAGUCGGGGGGCUGCUGCUGGGCCUCUUGGGGCUGGUGUCGGGGCUUAGCCUGGAGCCUGUCUACUGGAACUCUGCGAAUAAGAGGUUCCAGGCAGAGGGUGGCUAUGUGCUCUACCCUCAGAUUGGGGACCGAUUGGAUCUACUAUGCCCUCGGGCCCGCCCCCCUGGCCCACACUCAUCCCCAGAUUAUGAGUUCUACAAACUGUACCUGGUUGAAGGAGCCCAGGGCCGACGCUGUGAGGCCCCUCCAUCCCCUAACCUGCUCUUGACCUGUGACCGGCCUGAUGUUGAUCUUCGAUUCACCAUCAAGUUUCAGGAGUACAGUCCCAACUUAUGGGGACAUGAAUUCCGUUCACACCAUGACUACUACAUCAUUGCCACAUCAGAUGGAACCCGAGAGGGUCUGGAGAGUCUUCAGGGUGGGGUCUGCCUGACCAGGGGGAUGAGGGUACUUCUCCGUGUGGGACAGAGUCCCCGAGGAGGGACAGCUCCUCGAAAACCUGUCUCUCAAAUGCCAAUAGAGAAGGACCGAGGUGCAGCACACCGCCUGGAUCCCAGCAAAGAGAAUAUGGCAGGUGACCCCUCCAGUAAUACAACUUCCAGGGGUACAGAGGGCCCUCUUCCUCCUCCUAGCAUACCAGCAGUGGCUGGGGCAGCUGGGGGACUGGCCCUGCUCCUCUUGGGUGUGGCAGGGGCAGGGGGUGCCAUGUGUUGGCGAAGACGACGAGCCAAGCCUUCAGAGAGCCGACAUCCUGGGCCAGGCUCUCUUGGGAGGGGAGGAUCUGUGGGACUUGGAGGGGGGGGAACAGGAGGAAUGGGUCACCGCGAUACUGAGCCAGGGGAGUUGGGGAUCCCUCUGAGGGGCAGUGGAACUACAGAUCCCCCUUUCUGUCCUCACUACGAGAAGGUGAGUGGUGACUAUGGACAUCCUGUGUACAUUGUGCAAGAUGGGCCACCUCAGAGCCCUCCAAACAUCUACUAUAAGGUGUGACGGUCCCCACACAUGCUUACAACACCUGGGUUUCUCAGAGACAUCCCAGGGAUGCCCUGAAGUCUCAAUCAUGGUUUGAGGGAAUUUCUUCUUCCCUAGUACUUUCUCUUUGAACCCUGAUCUGCUGCCCCUUCAUUCUUCUCACUGUCUCCCCAAGUUUCCAGGACCCCUUAAAAGACCCUCCCAUCUAUUUUCUGCUCUGGGUCUCCCCCCACAAACCACUGCCUAUCCUUCAGCUUGUGGUCCUGCCUUCUGUUUGACUACAGUGAAGAUAGAGGUAGAGACAGUAUCCUUCUCUGCGUUGGUAUCAUUACUGUUGGUGCUUGUCUCACCCUCUUGGUGGGGGCAGAAUCUCAAAUUUGGCUGGCAUUGGAUGUCUUUGUCUCCUCUAUGUUGCAUAGUUUAUUUUCCUAUUCUCGCUCUUCUUCUUUGUAUUUCUUUGUGUCUGUCUUUGCUAUCUUUCUCACCUACCCCUUUCUCGUAUAUCCCAUUCUUUCUCUCCUUUCAGCUUCUCAUUCUUUUCUCCCAUCUCUGGUGGGGAGGUUGGGGAGAUCUUAUUGAUUUUGUUCCUCCUCCAUCCUUUAACCUCUCAAACUAAGAGCUUCCCUACAGCUCUCUAAGGAUUUGGGGCCUUAGGGAGAAUGACCCAGUCUCCAGUCCAGCUUAAGGAUGGACAGCAGAGUCUCCCCCUUCCCCCAAUGCCCACUCUUCUUCUCUACUUCCUUCAGCCAUUUAGGACCACUGGGCAAAUUGGUGACAAAGUGAUCCAUUUUGCCUAAGAAGUGGCCAGGGCUAGGUGGGGAAUGACUGUUGCCAGGGUGAGAAGAAAAACUGUCCUGGAAGAGGAUCCACAAAGCCUGGCGCUACAUUGAAUGGGCCUCUGCUGGAACAGACCAAAAAGGGACCUGCCUUGAUGGGCAUUGACAAGGCCUGAACAGAAAUGUUCCCUGAAUUGGCAGGAAGCAAUGCACUUGGAAUAGGAAGUGCCUUCAAUCAGGAUGAGAAGGGACACUUCCAGUGCAGGAAGUGUGGCUAGAACUGGAAGUGACACAAGCUGGGUGGGUAGGAGGUAGACAGUGUUUCCUCUUGAAGUGAGGUGUAAUAGAACCUCCUGAUUCAGGAGGAAGUUGGAGUUGACUAAUGGGAGAAAGGGGGAAGUGGACUGGGAAUGGGAUUUCAGUGAAGGUUGGCAGUGAGGGUGGUCCCCUUGACCUGAACUUUAUCUAUCCAUUUUGUACAUGGCAACUAAAAUGAUGCUUGUCUGCUACCACAGACGAGUUUCAGCUUGUUCUCAUUCCUCCUCCAAAUUACCAACCAACAGGACUGCCCUGACAAGCAAAAUGUGCCCUUCCCUGCUCCAUGCCAAUAUGUCUGCUUGGGCUAAUGGAACCCUCCAUUUUCCUACCCAGUCCUUUCCUAACCAAGACAGCUUCUUCUUUAACAACAGAAAUGGUGGCCUCCCAACUGGUUCAGCCCACAGCAGCUUUUAGCACCUGCAGAUGCUGUUAUAGUUAACGGCCUAGGCCUCAUCCUGUUCUUCAGUACAACCAUCUCAAUUGGAUGCUGCCUCAGUUUCUUCUCAGCUCACUUUCAGGGUGGACCUUGGCUCACAAAAUGGGGACUCUAUAAUCAUGAUGACUUUCCUAGUCACCAGCCAAGAUGGCUGCCCUGGCCAUUGGAGACCAAGUCACCUCUCUGGUUCUGCAGCUCCCAGUUCCUUCCUGGUUGUUUUUUUUACGUCCCUUCCCCCAGGGAACAGGAAGUUGACAUUGCCAUGGAAGAGGCAACAGGGUAUGGCUGUCACCUCAAUAGUUUUACUGUAAAAGGAAAAUUGAACAACAAAAAUUUUUUAAAAAGAAUAAAAAAAUACAAAAGAGAAGAGAAGGCUGGAGGAUGAAUGGAUUGGGGCUUAUAGAGGAGGAGUUGGUGGUCAGAAUGGCUUCUAAACUUGGUCUGGGAUGAAGAAUUGAAAGGGAAAUGAAAAAGGAAAAAGGGUUUGGAAAAAUGAAUUGUGGUGUACCUGAGGAGCAUGACCAUGCUGUGUUAGAAUGAUAUGAUAUGAAUAGAAUCUACUUUUCCCCAUCUAAAGGUGGGGAAAAGGUCUGAGCUGCUAGGAGCCACUAUUUGCAACAUCUUAAAAUGAUUUAGAAAACCUAUAUGUUGC